UUUUGAGAGUUUAGAUCAAUAAAUUUGCAUUUUUUCACUAAAAUUUUCAAUUUUUUAUCAGUCAAAUCACUAUACACCUGCCUAUAUACUUUUAAAUGUCAAUUUAAAUACAGGUUAUAAAAUAUCAGCUGAAUAUUAUAAUUUUCAAAAGGUAUUAAAUGCAGCUGCAGCUUAAGGUAAUGGAAUCAAGAGAAACAUCUGAGCUGCAACAGCUAGUGUCCAGUGAUGCAGAAAAUGAAGACAGCAUUGUUCAGGAUGAUGUUGAAGGGAAAGUUGCUUCUAUAAAAAAUAGCAAAGUGAUUUCAUCAGGAAAUACAAGUCACAGUUCAGUAGCUCAUUCGAUGAGAAAAGGUCAUACUGGCGUUAACACGGGUGGUUUAAAGAUAUCUUUUGUGAACGAAAGGAAAAUAAGAGACACAUAUAAAGGCAGUACUGUAAGGCCUAGAAAUCCUCAUAAAGAAAACAGUAGUACAGAUAUCCGACACCAUUCUUUUAUAUCUCAAGUACCAGACGUGAGGCAUAUGGAACGGGCCCUAUUGGGUCUACUUGCAGACUUCCAUUCUGGAAAAUUACGAGCUUUCGGUAGCGGGAGUACCAUGGAGCAAAUGACAAACAUAAGAGAACAGCAAGAGAAGCUUGCUAAACUUCAUUUCGAUCUUGGUUCAGCAACGGUGCCAUCGUUAAGCGACGAAAACAUACAACAUUCACAAAACACAAUGAGUCAGCUGAUACAAAGGCUAGAGCAGCUAAGUGUAUCAAUUGAGGGUCUUCAUAAUAAUACAAAUAAAUAGACUGUUAAGUUUCUUUUAAUGGUACUACUAUAUUGGUAUCAAAUGCAUGUUUUAUAUACAUAUUUUUAAGCUAAUAUCAAAUUUAUUGUAGCAUUUAUUUAUUAAUUACUGCAUUAAAAAAAUGUGUUAUAGAAUUUAGGUCUUCAUUUUUCACAUUAUUAAAAAAGAAAAUUUCAGUUAUUCAGCCAGUAUUAAAUAAAAUUAUAUAAAAACAUUACAAUUAAUCAU